UAUAAUUUGAAAUCGUGGCUCCAUUUUUUCAUUUUAACCUGCAUGCCCCGGGCUUUACACUGUUUUCAAAUCGAACUGAAGACUGCUUUGCUCUCUGGGUGGAUAGAUUGAAGUGUGAAGUGUUCCCCAUAAUAAGGAUUCAAGCACGAGAUAAACCUCUUUAGAAGGAAUGGAGAGCAGAGCAGGGGCAACUGUGCAUGCUCAGAUGGAGGAGUCGAGGCUGAAAUGCGUCGGUGAAAUACCAAUCAUGCAGAAACAGGUCGAUUCUGUCUCCGUGUCCUUCUUGAAGUCCCUCGAUUUCAUCAAUUCCAGGGCUAAAGAAACUGUUCAACUUCAAGAGAAACUUAAGACAGUGAAAGCCGAACUUCGAGAAGCGGAAGAGGAUUUGCUGGACGCGCUUGAAGGAAAAACUAAAAAGGAAGCAAAGCGGAUAGCUUUAGUGGAAUCGUUGUCAGUUGUGAAAGCAAGAACGGAUCAACUUAAAAGAGUUGUUAAAGCUCAGAGGGCAAGACGAGAUGAAUAUGCCAGAAUAAUAGUUGAAGAAUCCAAUGAUUUGAAAGCAUGUGAGGAGAAGCAUCACAAGAAAUCUGAGCAUAGAGAUGGAGUAGAAGAGGCAAUUUUGUGGUAUGACAAGAAUCUUGGGUUUCGAACUGAAUGUGGUAGUGGGGUGAAGUUCAUAUUUUCUAACAUUAAUAUGAAAAAACCACAUGAAGAGUACUCCUUCACUAUUCGUCAUGAGAGUGAUACAUAUGCUUUGCUUGAUUGUAAUCCAAGCCUAAAUGACACAAAGGAACUGCUCAUUGAGCUAAACCAAAGCAACGGCCUAUACAAAUUUGUCAGAAUUAUGAGGGAGAAAUUUCAAGAAUCUGCAUUGUGUGGAAAUAUCUCUAAAGUGACAUCACACAACCAAAGUAUCCCCACUGCAUCUGUGCCCACUCCAUUUUGUUCAAUCCCAAUAGAGAGUGGUAGUGAAUCUUCAUUCAAGCAAAGAGAUUCCCAAGCUGAAGAUUUUAUCAGAGAUUCAAAGAAACUUAAGAAUGUCAGUGUUGGCAGGUCAGGCCUCCUUUCUCCUGGAUCUGCUUGAUCUCUUUGCAGCUCUCUACCUUUCGUGGUAAUUCUAUGUUGACAAUGAAGAUCUAAGCCUUAUUUUGUUACAAGAGAUUCAAAAUUUGCAUUUCUGUACAUGCAAGUAUGCAACAUGCGCUUGUUUGUGUUAGGUCGUGUAUAUACACUCCUACUCUACCAAACCUGUAAAUAUAAAUACUUGAGCCGUUCGGUAGAAAUAUUAUUUGGCUGAAGUGGCUUAUCUUGACUGAAGUUUCUGAACUUGCAAUUGAAAUGACCGAUAUAUGGUUGAAUGAUAUUUAUAAUUUGUGAGAGGAAAUUAAAAAAAAAAAC